AUGGCCCAGAUGAGAGCCCCUGUGAUUGUACUGCUGGUGCUACUGGCUUUGGGGCUCUUUGCUAAGGAAACUUCUGCAGCUAAACAACCACGGCAUAGGAGAGGAUGCUGUGAGAGUUAUACUCUUCGUAAAAUACCUUUCGCAGUUAUCGAAGGCUAUACACUACAGACCAUAUCAGAAACCUGCCGUAUCUUUGCCAUCAGGUUCCACACUGAAAAGGGUAAGGAUGUGUGUGCAGACCCUGACAAGAACUGGGUGAAAGAGCACGUCACCCGACUGGGGACCAAAGCGGCUCACAUCAAGACCUCACAGGCCAAAUCCAACAAUGUCAUCACAACUAUCAGAGGGGGACUCAGGAUAUAA